AUGCCUACAACAAGAAGCAAGCGCAACGAGGAUGGAGCGGGAAGCAGCGAAGAAAACGUCACAAUUGAGGAAGACUCUUCACGUACCCCAACUACGGAAGAGACUACGACGACUGAAACCACAGCUCCGCUACCAGAAACGUCACAGAAAACCGUCCCUACAACGGAAGCCUGCAAGAAACCAUCCAAGGCUUUAAGAAUAGCUCGCGCUAAAGAGGAAUUAAUUAAUCUACAAGUUAAACUGGCCGCCGCACGAUUAGAGACAAUCGAAUUAGAAAAGGACGAAGAACAGGCUGCCACAGCACAAAACCCCGACGAGAGAAUAGCACAAUGGCUCACAGAAACCGACUCUGCAGACACAUUAAAGAAUCCGCCUGCCGAAACACACCUCACAGAGGCAAAGAAAAUAGAAAAGGACGGCAGAAUAGACAUCUCAGAGCUCGCAACAGCCAUAGCCAUCGCCGCCCGCUCAGGGCCACAGUCGACCCGCCCCAUAGAUUUACCACAAUACGGGGGGUCUCAUCACGACUGGCUAUGUUUUAAAGCCGCCUUCGACGAAACACAGAAGCUAUUCACAGAAAAUGAAAACAUAGCGAGGUUACGCCGUGCACUAAUAGGAAGAGCCCGCGAAGCCGUUGAAAAUCUCUUAUUAUACAACGCCAAAACAGAAGAUGUUAUGAACACACUGAAAAUCAGAUUCGGACGACCCGACUCCAUAGCACUCGUCGAAAUGGAACGAUUAAGAGCAUUACCACGUCUCACCGAUAACCCCAAAGAUAUCUGCAUAUUCGCCAGUAGAGUAGCAAAUACAGUCGCUACGCUACGCGCAUUAAACAAACAACAUUAUCUGUUUAAUCCGGAAGCAAUAAAAGUCACUAUUGAAAAAUUAACUCCGUCGCUGCGCUACAGAUGGUACGACUUCGCAACAGAACAACAACAAGAAGACCCCGACUUAGAGAAGCUGGCUGCAUUUUUAAAUAGAGAAUCGGAGCGCUGCAGUCGUUAUGCGCAACCCGACACAUUGCACGAGCCGGCACCUCAAAUAGCAACAAGACGACACAAGACCUACAACUCAAUAGAAAAAAUAGACAAUAGAAACAGAUGCGUCGUCUGCACCGGGGAUCACGACACAAUAGAAUGCAAGAAAUUCACGCAAGCGACCGUUCAAGAACGAUGGGACAUCGCAAAAGAAAAGAAGUUGUGCUACUCGUGCCUGCGCUAUAGAACAAGAAUGCAUCGUUGCAAGCGAGUACGAUGCGAUAUAGAUCAAUGUCAAUAUUGGCAUCACAAAUUAUUGCAUUACAAGAAAAUCGAACAAAAAACAGAAGAAACUGUUGCUUCAACAUGGGCAACACAUGGGUGCACUUCAUACUUAAAAAUAGUGCCCAUACACGUCACGGGGCCGUCGGGAAGCGUCGACACACACGCCUUACUCGAUGACGGAUCAACGAUUACGCUAAUAGAUGAAGAAAUAGCGAACAAAACCGGGGCGACCGGCCCAAUAGAAUCAUUGAACAUAGAAGCGAUCGGCGAUCAUAAGUUAUCAGCGACAUCACGACGAGUAAACAUAACAAUCAUCGGGGGUUCUAAUAGAAAAUACGACGUUCACGCUAGAACAUUGAAAAAUCUGAAACUUUCACCGCAAGUCAUAACUGAGAGAGAUCUUCACGACUGCAGCCACUUGAAAGAUAUAAAGAAAUAUCUACAAUAUAGAGAAGCAAAACCACGAGUGCUAAUAGGACAAGAUAACUGGCACUUAUUAAUUGCAUCGGAGAUUAGAAAGGGACGGCGACAUCAACCUAUCGCCUCCCGCACGCCGCUCGGCUGGGUGUUACACGGUGCACGCUCAAUAGCACAUAGUACAACGAAACAACGCUUCAAUGUAAACUACGUCAAGUCUACUGAUGAAGAAAUGAACGAACAACUGCGACAAUUCUUUGCAUUGGAAUCGUUGUUAAUAGAGGGAAAGAGACCGAGCACCGACCCAGACGUUCGCGCACUACGCACACUAGACGAGGGAGUUAUAGAAAAACAGGGAAAAUAUGAAGUCCCUCUACUGUGGAAAAACGCAGAAAUCAAACUCCCCGACAAUUACCACAACACAUUAAAACGUCUUGUCAACAUAGAAAAGAAGUUAGACCGCGACCCGGCGCUGAAAAUAAAAUACACAGAGCAAAUGGAAGCGCUCAUUGAAAAAGGGUACGCCGAACGAGCUCCGUCUGAAAAAAUAGAGGCAAGAACAUGGUAUCUGCCACACUUCGCUGUGUUUAACCCUACUAAACCAGCGAAAAUACGAAUAGUUCAUGAUGCGGCCGCGAAAACGAAAGGACUCUCGUUAAACGAUCACCUACUCAAGGGGCCCGAUCUAAUACAAUCGCUACCCGGCGUGUUAAUGCGAUUCCGUCAACGCAACAUAGCGAUAACAGCAGACAUUAAAGAAAUGUUUAUGCAAAUUAAAAUAAAAAAUGAAGACAGAGAUGCACUUAGAUAUCUCUGGCGUGGUGACCGCAGAGAUAACACAGCGCCCGACGAGUACCGAAUGACUUCAUUAAUAUUCGGCGCAACGUGUUCACCCGCCAUAGCAAUAUACAUCAAGAAUAGAAACGCGGCUAAAUACAUAGAAUCUGAUCCAGAGGCGUACGACGCCAUAGUACGAAACCACUACGUCGACGAUCUCCUAAAUAGCUACGACACUGAAGAUGAAGCGAUCAACUCGGCUCGACGCAUAAGCGAAAUACAUAAAGAAGCGAGCUACGAGCUACGACAAUGGACGUCUAAUUCGCGUAACGUGUUAAACGCGUUAGCACCGGGUACAACGAGAUCAUCGAUAUCAUUGGACGGCAGCAGCAACGUCGAGCGCACUUUGGGUGUGAUCUGGGACCCAGCGAGCGACGAGAUAGGCUUCAACCUAAGUCUAGCGCGUCUGCCACCUGACGCCAUAGAAAACUCACAGCCAACAAAGAGAGAAACACUACGCAUUCUCAUGUCGCUGUUCGAUCCAUUGGGCCUCGCUUCACCAGUCACAAUAGGCGCUAAGCGCAUACUACAACACAUAUGGAGGCGUGGCACCGGCUGGGAUGAACGUAUACCGCAAGAUCUCGCCGAACAGUGGACGAAAUGGAUAACACAUCUUAUAGAAUUAAAAGAUGUAAAAAUACCGAGAGCGUACUUACAUUACAGUAACGCUACAUCGCUGCAGCUACACAUAUUCGUAGACGCGAGCGAGGAAGCCUACGCCGCAAUAGCGUAUUGGAGAGCGUCGACAACGACCGGUGUAGACAUAUCACUCGUAGCAGCUAAAGCUAAGGUCUGCCCGCUCAAAACUUACGUCUAUACCUAG